AUGGUGGGUAAGGACCAACAACCACUUGUAACCAUGAAAAAGAAUUCGGACAUUGUGGAAGUGAAACGUGCUUCCACUUCUCUCACUGGGGACAAACGAACCACCAAAGAUCAUUUCAAAUUUGAUUACGUCUAUGAAGGCAACACUCCACAAACACAAAUCUAUGAAGAUUUAGGAAAAGUAAUUGUUGAAAAUGCCGUGUGCGGAGUGAAUUGUUGCUUGUUUGCUUAUGGACAAACCUCAAGUGGAAAAACACACACCAUGUUAGGACAUGAUUUAUAUUCAACCAUUGAAACUUGCAAAAACAAAUACGAAGCUUUGAAACCACUCAUCUUUGAUUGUUUCAAACCGUUGUUCUUUAUUUUUCCAUAUGAUAUUAUUUACUCGAUUUAUGAAAUGACUGGAAUGGACAUUUCGAAUCAUGGUAUUAUUCCCAGAGUUGUUAAGGAAUUGUUUUCUUCUAUCCGAAAAUAUCACUUCUACUCUGUCACUUGUAAUUUUGUCGAGAUAUAUAAUGAGAAAAUUACAGACUUGUUAGAAAAGAAGUCGUCGUCUAGGAAUAAGAAUUUACGGCCUGAUUACAAUGGCCAAUACACGAUAAGAAAUUGGCAAGAAGCUCGAGAAUUAGUGACCAUUGGAUUAUCCAAUAGAGCCACACGAGCAACAAUUAUGAAUGAUGUUUCUUCUCGAUCACAUGCAGUGUUCACAAUUCGUGUCAGCUUUCAGCCAGAUCCUUCCUCUGCUAGUUUAAUUUCAGCAACUGUUAAUCUGGUUGAUUUGGCAGGUUCAGAACAAACAGGAAAAAUUGCAACCUCAUUGGAAGAACGAAAAGAAGGAACAUCCAUUAAUAAGAGUUUGUUACAUUUAGGACGAGUCAUUAACAAGUUAGCAGAUCUUUCUGAAAGAGUUUCAAAACUCUCGGAUAAGAAGCAAAUUGAAGAAAUGAUCCAAAGUUAUCACAUUCCUUACAGGGAUUCUGUUCUGACCAGCAUGUUGCAAGGAACGCUCGGAGGAACAGCAAAAACAAUCAUGAUUGCAACGGCUUCUCCAACAGAAAAGAACUGUUCUGAAACUUUAUCCACCUUACGAUAUGCCAGUCGAGCUAAAAUCAUCAAAUCCACUAGAAGCAAAAACAAGGAAGAAGGAAUUGACGACAAACUUGAAUCUCUUAUUGAGGCAGCCAUUGCACAGAGAUAUGAAACGAGAAAAUUGAAAAUUUACUUGCUCAAUAGAAAUCAAGGAAAGAAAGAGGUUGUGAAAAAACUUUUGGCCUACACGGAUUCAAAGAAGUUAGAUUUUGGGAAAUUGAUGAAAAUUACGCUCUUCAUUGAGAGUCAGAAUGAAAUGUUUGGAAAAGAGCAAGUAGAAAAAGUGAUUAAGAAAGUCGUUGAGGAUGUUUCGAAACGAUUGACGAUGAAAGAUGUUUCUUCAGAUUAUUAUAAGGCAACGAUGAAAGUGUUGUCAUUAAAGUGUUUGAAGAUAUAA